GGUAAUCGUUAUACUGCUUUAACAUGUGAAAGUCUGAUACGCCUAACCCCAUGGUCACACGGGGCGGCACAGGAGAGACAAGCGACCAGCGACCGUUCAUUUUCAAGAGUUGGCGAUUUACAGCGACAAGAGACAAGCGGUCGUUGCAAAGCGAAUGAAGUCAGGCACUUGGUAGGUAGCUGGACGUUAAACUUUUAUUCCCAGAACCAACCAGUCAAGAUGAGAAUUACUCUUUUAUUUUUGUACCUGUUUUGUGAAAACACAAACGGAGAUAUUCUUUUUACUGUCGCGUGUGGGGAUGACACUAUUUUGAGGUGUCCUGCAGAAGCUGAGCUGCAACGUGUCCAGUACAGAGCGGUUAGUUGGUACCAGGUGUCUGAAGGCCGUUCCACUGGGAUAAUCCGGUGGGACAGGCAAACCAACUCGGUCAGGAAGUUUGUGAACCUGUCCCGGGACAUGGAGUGUCCCUCGGGAGACGGUCUCACCUUGAGGAUCCGUAACCUUACGACGAAGGACAACGGGGUGUAUCGCUGCGCCCUCUGGGCCCCCGUGGGGGAAUUCAACAGGGAAUGGGAUAUCCAGCUGAGUGUCACAGGGUGUUCCGAAGCAGAGGAGUCAUACGACGUGAAAGACAUUCUGCUGUAUGGAGCGGGGGCAUUCCUGUUCUUACUUACACUUGCACUGCUACUCAUUUGCCAUUUGGAAAAACAGUUUUCCACCAGCAGAAAAGGUAUCAAACCAACACUAGGAGCAUACAUUGACAUUGUUUCAUUGCUGAAGAAAUCUCAUGGCCUCAUGAUGCAACAUGUCUGAACAGCUAAAUCUGUAGAAACUUUGUGUAACCAAUAAAAAUACUGUUAAAAUUUUUUUAACAGUGUCUGCAUGCAAUGUUAUUAAGAACAUUUGGACAAACUAAUUAAGAUGAAUAAUUGCAUGCAACUUGUCUAUAUGUCUUAUAUUAGGCAAAUCCAACAAUUUGAUUUUAGUAAAUCCAACUAUUUAUUUUUUCAGUCUACUAAAUAAUACUGCAUACAAACACUAGCCAACAUUUUUUUUGAGUGUGUGUGUGUGUAGUACAGUUCUAUAUCUAGUGUUGGACAGAGCUACUAGCUUAACUAGCCUAUGAUUUCUAGUACCAUGUGUGUAGUUCCUAUUUUUAACAUCAAGUAGCUACAACUGUAGGCUAGCUGUAUUGGCAUAAAAGUAAAAUUGUUAGACCAGCAGCAUUUGCAGACAAAGAAAAUCCCAGUUUAGAUUUAAAACACCAUUGUCUAUCGGAUAUUGAAAGCAAAACCUAAAACGAACCAGACCAGAGUUUGUUACUAUCACAAAAAUAUAAGCCAAAUUGCAUAGAAACCUGUAUUUGGAUACAAGUAAAAUCAUUACACAAAUAUCAUAUCUGGAAAUUCCCUGCCUAAAAUGGACCUGAUUUAUCAUGUCACCACAACUGCUCUGCCCCGUGAUGUUGGACAUUUAAGCUGGCAGUGUACUCAGUAAGAAGAAAGAAAUUCAGGAUUGAGAACCACCGGCGAACAUGUCCACGAACACUGUUGUCGGUAUACUCAGUGAGAACGCCGCACCGUUUAAGUCGCUCCACGCCGCUGGUGCGUGAAUAAUUACGAGGCAGAUAUUAACCGGGGCUGGAAUCUCAACCAGACCUCCGUCUUGCGGCUACGCCAUGGAUGUACAAAGAGAAGGGCUACGCGACAUCACAACACAAAAAAUGUUUCAAGUGUUUAAAGUGACUUUAGUUUAUCUAGCUAUGAAAAAGAAGAAAAAGGCGAAGAAGAUGGUACGUUCGCCCUCUAAAUCAGAGUAGAACGGAGAAUGGAGAGUUUUGUCUGUACAUUCGGCAAAUGCAAGUUUAGACGAGGGGGUCCACUUUCUCUUAUUUCCGAAUGUGUGCUAGGCGUUUUGAUGACUUGCUGAAACGAGUAGCACCAUUCAUCAAACAUGCGGGAACUGACAGAAUUCUCAUCUCUACAGAAGAGCGAUUGGCGUUACUCACUGUACAUUGGCACAUGAAUUCAGCCCUCUGGACGCUCAACCGUGACGUAACCAACUACGUGAUAUUUGGACCAAUAGCUGAAAAGGGGGGGGGUCGGAGAGCAAGAAAGAACUUUUCAAAAAGUUCCCCCUGGAGGCCGUCGCACACUGCACCGUACGAACACACAACACCGCGUCUUUUUGUUCGCCAGUUGUUCUGAUUGCUUCGUUUUGCUUAAAAAGGUCUACUUCGUACGAAGUAUACUGCCUACUUAUGUGCCCAUACCACAAAUCACAAAUGAAUGUACACGCUUAAUGUAACGAAGUUCUCAGCAGCAGCAGAUUGGCCGAAUUUCACGUCAAUAAUGGGUACCUGUCUGUCAGGCAGAAGUCGCAGGGAAAUGGGAUGAAAAUGGGAAGAAUUAGACGCAAAAUUACACGGCGAUAUACCAGCAUGGCCUCUGCGAUCGAUAUAUUGGGCACCCGUGUGGUACCUGGAAUAGAAGCAUGGGUUGAAUUACAGUAGAUGUUGACAGUAGGUACUAUGGUGAUUAGGAUGAAAGAAUCACUGGUUACCUUCUGAUGCGGUCUACAGAACCACCUGUUCAGACUGCAACUUGGCUCCCCUCUUAUCCCAACCCAAUACCACUCCUACUUUGCUUUUUACCAUUAUUAUUUCUUGAGAAAUGUGCUUCUUGUAAGACUUCCAGAGGAAAAAACAGGGAGUCAGCAGGGCGUGAUAAAGAGACUGCUCUCAGUUGCAAAACGUCCUACUGGAUCAGCAUUAUGUAAGCCAUAAUCCAUAAUACAGUGUGAUGUUUGGUAUUGUUGGUUAAGUUGAUGUCAUGGGGAACAAGUUGGUGCCUGGGCAAGGUUAACCCAGUGUGGUAUGCUUACAGAGAUAAUGCAAGCAGGAUCACAGAUGUACCAUUUUAUGUUUUGUCUUUAUUUGAUGAUGACUUGGGAUUUUCCUUUGAUCUUUGGGUAUAUAAGGGGUGCAGGGGUUCAGGGAGUCCCCUCAACGCUCCUGGGCAUCACGCGUGUGUAGCCAUCGAACUACGCACACAUUUAGCACUGUUGUAUAUUGCCCUUGUUGAACACUGCAUUGUUGUACAAUAAACUGCAUUCACUUCAA